UGCUUGUAGUGCAUGUCUUGUUCUGAUUAGCGAGUGAUGGUCUUCAGCUGGGCACUUUAACCGCUUUUGACCAGAUAUAUCCUUUUAUUAUACUUCGGCUCACAUAAACGUGAAACAUAUAAAACAAUUCAGUGAACGUCAGGAAUAAUUCCAAAUACCUAUUAUCUAUCUGAAUCUUCGGUACCGGCGGAAUUGGAGACCCCGAUCACUCCACCCCGAAUACGUCACCAAACCAAAAAUGGAGUCAAGUGCCGAGGCUUGUAGAAGUGUAGAAGCAGUCUCCAUACAAUCAAUUACCGUUAUUGUGUAACUCGGAUUGUUUCUUCAGGUUUAUUCCCUGCUCCUCUGCUACCAAUUCUACUGCACCUAUACCUGUACCUAUCUAAUGUCCCUGUGGCGUGCUACUGCUCCUCGUUGGUUGACUUUACGGCCAUCAUCAAGUUCCAGUUCCCGCUGGCUUAAUAAAUACUACACCACCACCACUACAACUUCUUUUCGUUCCCCACCAUUUUCACCUCUCAACACAAAACACAACAGUCCUCACCAGAGAAAUAUCACUCAUAACCAUCUUCGUCAUCUGAGUACAACUUCAAAGAUGGCUUCUGCUACUAGCUUUUAUGACUUUAAGCCUCUUGACAAGCGCGGUCAAGAGGUUCCCCUCGCCGACUACAAGGGCAAGGUCGUCCUCAUUGUCAACACAGCCUCCAAGUGCGGCUUCACUCCCCAGUAUGCUGGUCUCGAGAAGCUCUGGACCAAGCUCAAGGAGAAGUACCCUGAGGACUUUGUCAUUCUCGGCUUCCCCUGCAACCAGUUCGGUGGCCAAGAGCCCGGCACCGACGACGACAUCCAGGAGUUCUGCCAGCUCAACUACGGCGUGACCUUCCCCAUCAUGCAGAAGACCGAGGUCAACGGUGACAACACCAACCCUCUUUGGGCCUGGCUCAAGGACCAGCAGUCGGGUCUUUUGGGCCUCAAGCGCAUCAAGUGGAACUUUGAGAAGUUCCUUGUUGGGCGUGAUGGAAAGGUCAAGGGGCGCUGGGCUAGCACCACCAAGCCCGAGAGUCUGGAGGAGCCUAUCCUGAAGGCUCUUGCGGAGAAGGCUGAGGCUUAAUUUGAGAUGGGUGAACGACAAAAGGUGUGCUGUUGAACCCCUUCAAUCUAAAAUGAGAUACCCUGUUGGGGCCAGACAGCGACACGAGGAUUAUGAAGUUUUAAUGAGGGCUUUUAGGCCCAUGCGUACUGCUACAUAAACUAAUACAAGGAUUUAACCAACUAUGGACUGUUCUGCCUGUAACCCAUCUGAUAAUCAUGAAGCUUUGUGGCUUGGCGUCAUUCAUCCCAUUGGAAUAAUUUCGACAUACCAAUCAGUAACCCAAUAAACAGAUAAAUCAUUUUACCAUGUACUUCCGAAGCAUAUUCACUACUGCAAUAACUUUUAUGUGAUACCAUAUUAUCUUUUCUCAUGUCACAACCCUCCGAUCAUCCGUGGCUCACUUACACCCGACUACAUACAAUCUCAUACCAAGAUCUCACCCCAAAUUCCUCCAACCACUCAUCUUACACGUUUUCAUAGUAAUACCUAGUUCCGGGGUCGUAUUCGAGCCAGACCUCCGCUUCCAUGGUAUCAACCUGGGCGACAACUUGUUGCCAUAGGUAAAUCUCAAAAGCUCCUGGCAUGAUUGCAGGAACAGCGACAGCGCAUCUGAAGGUUCCCUCCCCCUCGGGACUUAGAAUCAUGACGAGAUUACGCCCAGGCAGACGAUAGAAUCCUGGAGUGUCAUCAGACGGAUUCCAGCUAACCACCAUUCCUGGCCGAAGACGCUCUUUGAAUGGAACAUCUGCCAUCUCGGGUCUCGGGUCUUGGCUUGAAAGUCCCUGUUUUCCAGCUGCUUCUUUCUCCGACUUGGCGUCUUUCUGGGUCGCCUUUGGCUUGUUGUUAGCGGCUCGCUGUGAAUCGAUGUGAAGACGCCAGAAUUUGGCUUGGAAGGCGGUCGCUUGCUCGAGCGUGACGCCCGGGGUCUUGAGGCAGCGUGUGAUGAACUCUGGAACCGGGAGUCGAAGAAGUUGGAUACCCGUCUCUUUGGGUGCGAGAGCUGUAGGAGAAACGGGCGGGGUGCCAGACUGUAGAUGGUGUUAGCAAGUUGUUGUUAUUGACAGCAAGCUAGUACUCGAUGACUUACGUUCUUGAGAAUCCAGUCGUGGA